AUGUAUUAUCAUCUGCUUUGCCUGUUGCUGGCUCCGGCACUAGACCUUGCAGCGCUGCUUAAGCUUGGUACCACGCAGAGUGUAGCAGUUAAAGGAAAAUUGUUGUGUAAUGGCAAACCUGCUACGAAAGUUAAAGUCAAACUCUACGAUAUUGAUGUUGCGCUGGAUGAUUUGAUGGCAGCAGGAAGCAGCGACGAAAAUGGUGAUUUUUUGCUGUUUGGAUCAGAAACUGAAAUCACUCGGAUUGAUCCUAAACUCAACAUCUACCACAACUGCAACGACGAACGCAAGGAAUGCCUUCGAAAAGUAUCGAUCAAAAUUCCGAGAAGUUUCGUCAAAGAAGGAGAAGAAGCAGGCGAGCCUUUUGAUGCGGGUAUUCUGAAUUUGUCCAGUAAAUUUCCCGGUGAAACACGUGAUUGCUUCAACUGA